AUGGCUGCUUCUUUGCCUUGCGAACUUUUGGUAAUGAUUUUGCAUAUGAAUGGAGACGACUGUUCCAUACUUCGCUCACAUAUGCUGGUCAACAAAGCCUGGCAUAAUGUAGCCAUUCAAUACCUUUGGGCUAAACCUUUUACCUUACUCUAUGAAAAAUACAUAGCGUCCGGAAGGCGAAGAACGUUCAAGCAGAGAGCAGAGAACCUUCUUACCACAUUCAUCCGGAGCUUUACGGAUGCACAACUCGUCAAUGAACGAGUCGAUUCUUUGGUAAAAAUGUGCAGCAAAAGUUCACAAUCAACUAAUUACAAUUUACACUUGAAGGAAAUCUACUUGAAGGAAAUUCAGGAAUUGGUGGCAUUAUGGAUUGAUUUAAGUCUGGAAUAUCAUAAAUACUCGCAUGUCACGGGAGAUAGGACAAACAAGUUGGCACACAUAAUUGUGGGUCUGGUCAUCCAACACUGUCAGCAAUUAAGAAAACUUUCUUUAAUACCAUUGAAUGCACCAUCUUACCAUCUACUCGGCCAGCUUUUUGAUUCUGCAAAAGAUCUCUCGCAACUGAGAGUUUUUUCUUGGAAAGGAACAUCCUAUAUGAAGAUUUUCUCCAUACUCUCAGAAUUAGCAUGUAAUUUAGAAGAAGUAUCAUUUAAUUUUUAUAACAUGAAACUCUAUUAUUACAAAGAAACGGAUAAUUUCCAGAAAUUCGUUCAAUCUCAAAGGCGGUUAAAAUCAAUCACGAUAGAACGUCUUCUCACGAACAUGAGUUCAAUGUUGAAACUGUUGAAUGUUCAUUCGGAAUCCCUUGAAUCGAUUCAAUGGGUAUAUGUGUGUUUUGAUACGGACGAUUUGAGCGCCGAACAGAUCGAACUUUGUCAGCUAAAGAGUAUCAGCAUGAGAUGCUGUGACGUAACAGAAGGCGGGCUAAAUUCUCUGUCUGUGGCAAAUAUACCUCGCCUGCAGCAACUUGUUAUUGGAAAUUGCAAUAUACCGGACGUGGACUGGGAGCAAUUUUUUCAUAAGCAUGGAAAGGCGUUGAUUGAUAUAGACAUUUCUUCACAAAGGCUGCUGGCAGAUGAAAGUUUUAUGGUUAUUUCGAGAUUGUGUGUCAAUCUCCGACAUCUGUGUGUAAGUGUACCCAGCAAUAGAGCGUUACGUAACGUCGCGGAUCUGGUGGCGAAUCAACCAAAUUUACAUUCUCUUACGUUGCGAUAUCAGACAGGUUCGGGGAGGGAGGAUAACUAUACUACUCUGUUUAACACUCUUUCAGAGUAUCGGUUUUCAAAUUUGGACUAUUUAGAACUAUACAGUACUCGAGAAUUCGAUGUAGAUUCGUUAGAUAACUUUUUAUCAAAAUCAAAGCCUCCUCUUACAUCAUUAAUAAUCUGUGAUACUUAUAUUACUGAGAAACACUUUAACGUGAUACUCGAUCAUCUCAGCGGCACACUAAAAGUCUUGAGAGCGGAAUAUGAUAUUAGCUUGGAUGAUGAGAAACGGGUAAAGAGCGUCGUGGGCAAUUUUUCCCAGUAUAGUAUUCGUAAUACGAGACAUCUUAGGUGUAAUGCAGAAAUAUGUACGAGGCGUCACAAAAUAUAA